UCAAUUCUUUUCAUAAAUAUAUUUGACCUGAGAAGGAUUGCGCGGCUUGGUCAUAAUUCAGAACAUUGCUAUCUUCGUCUCGUUUAGCUACUUCAAGCCGACCAUGCAUUACAUUCAAUGAAAUCUGUUUUGAUAUUCGCUGUGCACUACUUGUUCUUAAAUAAGGAAUAUUACAAAAAGGAAUGCUUGGUACCGAGACAAUGGACGAAGGUACAUUGGUCGAUUCAAAGACUCCGACACCAACUGGAAUCUGCAGUCACGAACCGGUUGAAAAGACGGUUACGCCUCGUGAAGAUGGAACCCGCGGGCGGAAGAGGAAGCAGUCCAAAGCGCGUCUGUUGGCGGGUGACAACAUGCUGUUUCCGCCAUGUAAGGUGUGCGGAAGGAGCGCCACAGGCUUCCAUUUCGGCGUCAUCACGUGCGAGGCGUGCGUUUUUCCGGCGCGCGUUGAUCCACAAGCAGGCGUACAUGUGCCUAGGAGACGGGAGCUGUGACGUCACAACUGCGGAACGGAAGUCGGUCAUCUGCUCAGCCUGUAGACUCCAGAAGUGCAUGACGCUCGGCAUGAGCACGAACAGUGUUCGAAAAGGUCGUUAUUCGGUCGCGCUGAGGACACAGGCGAUAGUGGAGGCAAAGACGCUGCGAGGGGAGGACCCAGGGGUAAUGAUAGCCACCCGAUCUCCAAUCCCGUCCUCGCGGGCUGCCGACACUACCCAGUCGUUAGAAGAGACAAAGAGGCAUCGGGAAGAGGACACAUGCCUUAUGGUAGCUACCCGGUGUUCCCCGUCCCCGUCCUCACAAGUUGACGCCGUUAGCGAGGACGCACAGUCAAUCGCUUGUUCAGAGGAUAGACAAACACGACCUGGGAAAGGCGUUCAAUCACCAUCGAGUAUACAAGCGGUAUUCGAGACGGAUGCCUCUCCCGGAAGUAUCAGCCAGAUCCCGGAUGCCCUGGAGCUGUCCGUAGAACGGUUCGUGCCGCUUGGGGAACUGGAUCUGCUCAUAGACACGCUGGUUUCGUGCCAGGAUCUUGUGUACCCGAAUAUUCGCAGGCAGCUCGCGUUCUCCAGGGAUAUUCAACAAUGCCAGAUAAAAACAUAUGAGGAAUUAAAGGCAAAGAAGGAGAUGUUCGCCCGUCUGUUCGGGGAGUCUAACGCGCCGACUACGGAGGAGUUUCAGACGAUCUUCGCUGAGACGGGCAUCGACGUUGACGACCGACUGGCCCACUUCAACAUGAAGGGAAGACACAUGGAGGCGACCAUCGCGCAGAACAUCAACUUCGUCAAGAUCAUCCCCGGCUUCCGGCACCUCUGCCCCCAAGACGUGUCCAAGCUCAUAAAGGCGUCUCAUAUGGAGUUCUGGCUGUUUGUUAACUACCUCCUGGUCAAUAACAAACUUGGGCUUGCGGUCAGCUGUGACGGCUCCCGCUCAUCCACCAAGGAGCAGAUCUGCAAGUUCUGGUGCUCCGAAUGGGUGGACCGCUACUUCCGGUUCACGGAUUCCCUGCACGCGCUCAGCCUCUCGGCCGAAGAGAUCGCCCUGCUCAGGGUUAUCAUCCUGACGUUCACCGAUAGAUGUUCAUUACUUAAGCCAGCUCCAAUAUCGGCACUGCAGGAGAAGUUUGUCGAAUGUCUCCGCUACCAGAUAUCGAAGACGCAGCAAAAUCCGGAUACGCGUUUGCGCAUGUUCAUGGACCGCCUCCUGGCAGUGCGUGAACUCACGGAAAUUAACAUGCGAAGUAACCGGAAGUUCCUGCAGGAGUGGAACUUUGUCAUCCAGGAUUUCCCGCUCUGGUGGGAGAUGCUGUCUUUCGAUGAAAUUUAGUAGUGUAGUUCUCCUUUCUCACUAUGUAUGUGGUCUACGUGUUGUUCUUGUCAGUACAUGUAUUUUUUGUUAAAAUUCAAAAUGGUAAAUGCCAAAAAUAUGUUUUUGAAUUAAUUGAUAUAAAUAAAGUUCAAAUGGGU